AUGGUACUUGCAGAACGCCCGAGGUAUAUUGCCGCAGGAUGCCUCGUCGUGGACCGGGCGGCGAGCAAUGGCAAUGUCGCGGUCGCACCCCAGAUUUGGAACUGCGAGUCCCUUCCCGAGCUCAAGCAAUGGCACCACUUCUGCGCCCGCCCCGAACCGGGCCCCAAUGGCCAAGAAAAGGUGGUCGGCGACGGUGCCUCGGAUAAUUUGCAGGGCAAGAAGGUGCUCGCGCCCGAGAUACAGAGCCUUCUUCUAUCGUCGAAACUGCUAGCACCGCUCAAGGGCCUGCUGUUCAACUUCUGGAUAGAGUUGAGCUUCGGCAUCAGCCAAAACGGUGCCCAAGCCAUCAUCCGCGUCUACGUCCUUCCCGAUGAUGUAGACAAUCGCCUAGUCCCCCGGUCCAAUCAUGCCCUGCGGAAAGCAAGGUCCCGCCUUAUGGGGCAGCUGGAUUAUUCCCCCAACACGUGGCGCGGUGACCCCGGAGCUGGGACUCGCACUUCGGCCCCGCCCAUCUUCGGAGAGGCCAGCGAUGCCGAUACCCAAGAUAAUUCAGAUUCAGAACCAUCCGAAUCUCUUCUUCAGAUGUUCAACAACUUGCCCUCCCCAGACCCAAGGCCCGAGACGGUCGAGGAUCCUGACGUUCGCGAUGCUAUGCACAGGUUGCUGGACAGUGACAUUUCUGGGCUCAACAUCACCCUAUUUUCCUACCAGCGCCGAUCAGCAGCUUUGAUGCUCCAACGAGAGUCCCAGCCUGGCCGAGUGCUCGAUCCCCGUCUCUUGAAUGUUGUCGAUCAGAAUGGGGAACCUUGGUAUUACGAUUCGGUUGCUGGCGUUGUCUUGUGCGAACCCAGAUACUAUGAUGGGCCGUGUGGCGGGAUUCUUGCCGAACAGAUGGGCUCCGGCAAGACAGUAAUAUGCCUUGCCCUCAUCCUCGCAACCAAACAUAUCCCCGCCAGGGCACCCGAGAUGCUUCGCCAGACAGGCCUAAAAUCCCGGCCUAGGGUUGGCAGCCUCGCCGACAUGGCAGCCGCUUGCAUCACUCGCAAUUCGGUGCCAUGGAAGCCGGUGCUCCAGUCAUCGGGGCAGGACUUCGAAUACACGCGAUGCAUCCAAGUCAUCCUUCGGAACCGCGCGUUCUAUUAUCUGCCUCGUCCUGAAGCACGUCGCGCUACUCGUAACACUCGCAAACAGCCAGCAGACAAAAUUGUUCGCGCGAAGAAGAUAUUUCUCAGCAAUGUCUCGUUGGUCGUGGUUCCUUACAACCUAGUGCGGCAAUGGGAGCAGGAAAUAGCAAAACACACUUCUGGCCUAAAAUUCCUUGUUUUCGCCGGCAGGUUCGAAGAAGAAUCUGCUACCAUUGAGCAGCUGCUCGAUUGCGAUGUCGUGCUCUUCUCGUCGAACCGCCUUGCGGAACUAUAUCGAGAGCCGCCUAUUGGUAGUUCCUACGGCACAUCCAGAUCUCAUGGUCUACAAAACCAGUUAGGCAGGAUCCGCUUCAAGCGUUGCAUUGUCGAUGAAGGACACAGGCUCGGCAAGUCGACAUCGGGGAACAAGAGCAAUCUUCAUCUCUUGCUUGACUCUCUCGAGAUUACGGCUCGUUGGAUAGUGACUGGUACACCGUCCAAGGGUCUCUUUGGCGUUGAUGCCGUCCCAAGCCCUGUCGAGGACGGGCCGCUCAUCAUCCUUCACCGCCAGCCUUCCGCCGAGCUUGAAAAGGAUGACUUGAGGCGUAUUGGUUCGAUCGCUACAUUUUACCUGAGGAUGCGACCCUGGGCACCCGUGGUAUCAGACGAGGCCACCAUAGAGCGGCCUGUUGCGUGGUCUCAGUACGUUAAGCAGCCAAGCCAAGCGAGUCGGGGAGAUCGGGAAACUCUUAAGGCAAUUCUCGAAUCGCUGGUAGUACGGAAUCGCCUCUUUGAGAUAUCUAAUCUCUUGCCCGUCGUUGAGGAGAAGUUUGUUUACCUCGACGGCUGCUUCCAGGACAUCCUGGUUCUCAACCUUUUCUCCGCGAUCAUCAUUUUCAACGCUGUACAGUCACAGAGAUCUGACCAGGACUACUUCUUUCAUCCCAGCCAGAAGAAAGCCGUCCUUGAACUCGUCUCUAACUUGAGGCAAUCAAGCUUCUUUGGGGGAUCUUUCUUCUCUCCCGCAGAAAUACUCAACGCCGUAGAAACAGCGUCGGGAUUCUUGGACGCCGGCAAGGUUGCCAUUAGCGCCGAGGAUGAUCAUCUGCUGCGCGAAGCGAUCAAGUUUGGCCGCAUUGCGGCCCAAAACACCAUCAAAGACUCGGCCAACUUGUUCCGCGAGGUCCCGAUACACCUCGAGAACUUCCCGUGGGGAGCUGGCCAAAGCUGGUCUCUAGAUAAUAAAGAGGGGGACCCCGUGCUGACGGAUUCGAGAAUGGCCCUCGCUCUGCAGAAGUUCCUACACCCGCUAGCUGAUUCACCGACAUCGCUUCAAGUAAUGUUUGAGACGGGGCGCUUUGCAGCCCGGGGGCAAGAGGAACGGACUUGGGGGAUCGAAGCUCAGGACUCUGCUGCCAACCCAACUACGCAGAGAUCUCAGCCCAGGGCUCUCGCCGGCAACACUCAAAUGGGGCAGGACCAUAAUGCCCCCGAAAAGCGUCGAGCUGCCAUUCUAGGUACGCCUAGCCUGGUGGAACAGGUUUCCCAGCCAGCUGAGGGCACCGGGGGCGAUCUUGCCGAACCUCUCGCCAAGACUCAAAUGGUCUCCACUGCGUCGGCAAAGCUCUCUUACUUGAUCGAUCAGAUCAUCAAGUACAAAGACAGCGAGCAGAUAAUCAUAUUUUACGAAAACGACAAUACGGCCUACUACUUGGCUGGAAUUUUAGAUAUUCUUCAAAUUCACCACCUCAUCUACGCCAAGGGCAUAAAGCCCGAGCGACGCACUCAAUACGUGGCAACAUUCAAUUCUAGCCCUCUAUUUCGGGUAAUGCUCAUGGAUAUUACGCAGGCGGCUUUCGGCAUCGACAUGCGAACCGUAUCACGUAUCUACUUCAUCAACCCUGUCUUGAAUCCUCAAGUAGAGGCACAGGCAAUCGGUCGAGCAAGACGCAUCGGUCAGAACAAGCCGGUCACGGUGGAGACGCUAGUACUCCGGGGUAGCCUGGAGGAGGUCAUUGUGAAGAGGCGUGGAGAGAUGACACAGGAAGAACAGUGGAAAUGCCGGUCGAUACUUGAUGACCGCCCCAUCUACGAAUGGGUCCUGAAUGCAAAGAUUCUACCCCUUCCUGGAGGGGAGAAUGUCAGCGACCAGGAACAGAUGGCCACGCUAGACACGCCUCAGUUCAUUUUCGGUCGUGGGUUUGGCCGUGAGAGCCAUCCCGACCAAGACCUAGUCACCACAGAUGGCGGUGUCGUGCUCAAAGAGGGAGACGGCGUGGUCAACGGCAUCGGCACAGCGCAGAAGAGGGCGCCGCCGGCGGUCGAAACGGCGACUGUGACGAACACUACUCCAGAAUCGAAUGAUGUUCCUCCUCCCAAAAAGAAGGCGCGGGUUCGUUUCGCGGGCUUCGCCGACGACACUGGGGGUGUUGAGUGA